AUGAAGGAGCAACUAGCGAUGGUUCGCAAGGCUUCAAAAGUCGACACAUAUACAACUGAAAUCUCGUUAUGGAUCUAUCCGCUGGGUGGAAAGGCUGCCAAACGGGUGCAGACAUUACCUCUUCAUCGGAUCUGGAAGGGAAGUGAAUUGGCGAAAGAUGUUCUUGAGUUUGCCAAGGCCGAGUUGAAGAAGGCUCACAACAAUGUAAUCUUGGCACAGCAGUCAACUCCCAUUCCGUUGAAUUUUGCAGAUGUACAAUUCGGACUCUCGGCGAACAAAACUGUUCACCACUUUGAACCCACUGAAACUCACUUAGUCGGAACAGUGGAUGCGAUGUUCGAAAGCUUGAAGCUUGACUCAAAACUCAGUGCGAGCGAUGUGAAGGAGAGACAAAUGCCUCUUUGA